GGGAAAGACAAACUCCUGAAAUUGGUGCAGUAUAAAACGUCUUCACUUUCUAGGAAAACAGCUGACGGCACUGACUGAAAAGCGAAACAAGCAGCAUUCCUCUCAUAAAUCAAGAAUCUAUAUUUUGUCCCUAGAUGGCAUGGGUAACUUACAAGCUUUCAACAGUUCUGAUACUACUGCUUCGAUAUUGGGUUUCAUCAGAAGAUGGUGAAAUACGAUCAAGUUGCAGAACUGCACCAAAUGACUUGGUUUUCAUACUAGAUGGUUCAUGGAGUGUUGGUCCUGAAAAUUUUGAGAUACUUAAAAAAUGGGUUGUUAACAUUACAAGCAAUUUUGAUAUUGGACCAAAGUUUACACAAGUUGGAGUGGUGCAGUAUAGUGACUAUCCUGUUCUUGAAAUCUCUCUUGGCCGUUAUCAGUCAAUUAAUGAUCUAAUCGGAAGAAUGCAAGCUAUUGAAUAUUUAGGAGGGAAUACACGCACUGGGAAUGCGAUUCAAUUUGCUGCAGAGAAUCUAUUUGCUAGGUCUUUGCGACCGCUAACCAAGAUCGCCAUUGUUUUAACUGAUGGAAAAUCUCAAGAUGAUGUCAAAUACAUAGCAGAGGAAGCACGACGGAAUAAAAUCACUCUUUUUGCCAUUGGAGUAGGCUCAGAAAUUGAAGAAAGUGAGCUGAGAGCAAUAGCUAAUAAACCAUCAUCCACAUAUGUGUUCUAUGUUGAAGACUACAUUGCAAUAUCUAGAAUACGGGAAAUCAUGAAACAAAAGCUCUGUGAAGAAUCUGUUUGCCCAACAAGAAUUCCAGUGACAGCUCGAGAUGAGAAAGGUUUUGACCUACUUUUAGGUUUGGGGAUGAAUAAGAAAAAUGCAAAAAAAGUUAAAGGUUCCAUCCCUACAGCUAAAGCUUAUGAAGUGACAUCAAAAACUGAUCUUACAGAGUUUACAAGAAAUGUUUUUCCAGAAGGUCUACCUCCUUCUUAUGUCUUCGUGUCCACUCAGAGAUUUAAAAUUAAAAAGAAAUGGGAUUUGUGGAGAAUAGUUGCACUUGAUGGGACAGUACAAACUGCGGUUUCGCUGAAUGGAGAAGACAAAACAUUGUCCUUUACUACAACCAGUCAAACAAAUGAUACCCAAAUUGUUAGGUUUGUCACACCUGGAGUAAAGAAAUUAUUUGAUGAAGGAUGGCACCAAAUAAGACUUUUAGUGACAGAAGAGGAUGCAACUUUGUAUAUUGAUGACAAAGAAAUCGAGACAAGACGACUACUACCUGUUAUAGGCAUAUAUGUCAGUGGGCAAACACAGAUUGGAAAAUACUCUGGAAGAGAAGAAUCUGUUCAGUUUACACUCCAAAAGCUGAGAAUAUAUUGUGAUCCAGAACAGAACAAACGUGAGACAGCUUGUGAGAUUUCUGGAAUGAACGGAGAGUGUUUAAAUGGUCCAAGUGAUAUUGGCUCAACACCCACUCCCUGCAUUUGUUCGCCUGGGGAAAAAGGACUUUCUGGUCCAAAGGGAGAUUCUGGACAGCCUGGUAUUCCUGGAUCCCCUGGACAGCCCGGUCCAGAUGGUAAGCCUGGAAGUCCAGGAGCUAUAGGGAAUUCAGGUAUGCCUGGUUCACCUGGAGUGCAGGGACCACGUGGGAUACCAGGUUUAAAAGGCAACUCUGGACGGGAUGGUGAAAAGGGUGAACGUGGAAUUCCUGGUUUUUCAGGACAGCAUGGACAGCCGGGAUUAAAGGGUGAGCAGGGACGAAAAGGAGAAAAGGGGACUGAUGGAGGUGAUGGGAAAAAGGGAGCAAAAGGAGACAAAGGAAGUAAUGGGUCAACAGGAAAGCCUGGGAUACCUGGAGUGCCAGGAAUAUCUGGAAAAGAUGGCUUACCUGCAUACCCUGGAGAAAAGGGAGAAGAAGGAAAACCAGGCCCACCAGGAAUGGAAGGUCCACGAGGACUACCAGGAAUACCAGGGAUUCCUGGAAGUGAUGGUGCUCAUGGCUUAAAGGGUGAAACUGGACCUUCUGGGGAACCUGGUGUCAGAGGACCUCCUGGGAAUCCAGGAAUGAUGGGAGUAGAAGGCUUACCUGGUUCGCCUGGAAUAUAUGGACCAAAGGGUAAUAAAGGUGAUCCUGGAAUGCCUGGGAAAGUUGGUUCUUUAGGCACCAAGGGAGAAAAGGGGGAUAAUGGUCUUCCAGGCCCACAAGGUUAUACAGGGAUUUCUGGAAUUCCAGGUGCCAAGGGUGAUAAAGGUAAUCAAGGUGAACAUGGAAUUCAGGGCCAAAAAGGAAUGAAUGGUUCACCUGGAAAUCAAGGAAUAAAGGGAGAGCCCGGGAAUGUUGGUUCUAAAGGAGAGAAAGGGGAAGUUGGAGAACCUGGAUCUCAGGGUGUUUAUGGACAAAGAGGACAGGCUGGUCCUCCAGGAUUAAAUGGUGCCCCAGGUCCCAUGGGUAUUAGUGGUGACAGAGGUCUACCUGGGCUGCCUGGACAAGAUGGAAGGCCUGGUAAAGAGCAAUCUGAACAAUUUAUAAGGGAAAUUUGCAUGGAUGUUUUAAAAGCACAGUUACCAUCCAUACUUUAUUCUGAAAGGAUGCAAAGUUGUGAUCAAUGUAAAACUCAGCAGGGCUCUCCUGGUCUCCCAGGGCCCCCUGGACCAGUUGGCUCGGAAGGCACAAGGGGCUAUCCAGGAUCACCUGGAAGAAAUGGCUUUCCAGGGCCUGUGGGACAUUCAGGGCAACCAGGCAUUCCAGGAUCUAAAGGGUUGCCUGGAAAACCUGGCUUAAAAGGAAAUAAGGGAAAUGCAGAGCCCGGAAUACAAGGACCUCCAGGAAUUCCAGGACCUAGGGGACCACCAGGAAUGAGCAAAGAAGGUCGACCUGGAUUAUCAGGGUCCCCUGGCCGAGAUGGAGAACGUGGACCUCCCGGAACACAAGGAUCUCCAGGAAUUUGUGACCCAUCUGUUUGUUUUAGUGCAUUUGUUGGAAGAGAUCCAUUUAGAAAAGGAUAAGAUUAUUAACAGUAAUUUUUCUUUAGGCAGAGUUUUUUUUUCUUUGUGUCUUUCAUGACUCAGGAAGAUUUCUAAUGGUCAGCUUCACACAAGUACCUCUUUUUAAUAAAAAAAAUUCUUCAAAAAAGAAAACUGAAGAUAAAUUUAUCUGAAAGUUGAAUGUCAUGACAUAUAUCUGUCUUAAAAUUGUGUAUUUAUCUAUCUGUAAGGUAAGCAGAUAUGAAACUGUGAAAUAGUUUCACAUCGAGUCCUGUUGCAUAAGGUGUGUGUUUAGAAUAUCAUAUUUUUGUGUUAAAGCUACAUAAUAUAUCAAAGGAGAUUAUAAAAACGACUUAAUUUUAUUUAAAAAAAAACAAAUUUUUUCUGAGAAAGUCCAGUUUAUGUGCUGAAUGAUGUACCGUACAUGAAAGACAAUGAUCAUCAUUUGGACCAGAAUUAAAA